ACAAAAGUCUCUUUCAUCUCCUUCCUUCUCCCAGUAGCUUAGGGCGAAAAUGGCAGCUUCAGCUUCUCUAUCUAACCUAUUCUCUCUCUACAGUCACCGAAGCGUCUCCUGCCCCUCUCCCUCCUCAAAAACCUCCUACAAUUUGCUUCUUCAGCCCACGACAACUCCUGCUCUCAAAGCGUGCAGCCAAUUGGGGAAUCCCAGAUUCGGUAACAAAGGGUUUAGGAAGGAGACGCGUUCUUCACUCAAUCCUGAUUCAGAGGCAUACAAUGAAGACGAACCUAGUUCAGAGAGAGCAGCAAGUAAAAAGUCUCGACCCGAUAUGAAGUCGCUCAUGCAGUUGUACAAGGAAGCUAUUGCAUAUGGAGAUGCGCGGGCCAUAUAUGAGAUAGAAAAUAUUCUGUUUAGAAUAGAUAAAGAGAAAACUGAGCUGGUUGAUAAGGUUGAAGCUUUGUCUGCGGAGGUAUCUUCAGGGAAGGAAAAAAUUCUACGGUUGCAGGCAGAUUUUGACAAUUAUAGGAAAAGAUCGGAAAAGGAAAGAGCAUCAGUUAGGAGUGAUGCCCAAGGAGAGGUGAUAGAAAGCCUCUUGCCAAUGGUUGACAGCUUUGAGAGAGCCAAGCAACAGUUGAAGAUAGAGACUGAGAUGGAGAAGAAAAUUGACACAAGUUAUCAAGGUAUAUACAAGCAGUUUGUAGAGAUCAUGAGAAGCUUGCGCGUUGCAGCUGUCCCUACCGUGGGAAAGCCAUUUGAUCCUUCGAUGCACGAGGCUAUUGCACGUGAGGAGUCGCAUGAGUUCAAGGAAGGGAUCGUCACUCAAGAAUUUCGCAGAGGCUUCUCUAUAGGAGAUCGGCUGAUAAGGCCGGCCAUGGUUAAGGUCUCAACCGGACCCGGCAGGAAAAAACCUCUUUCCGAGCAGCAGCCUUCGGUUGCAAGAGUUGACAGCCGAUAGUUUAAAGAAUAAUCAUCAGAAGCAUUCUCUUUACAUUCUAAGAAAAUUCAAACUUAAUUGAGGAUCAACCUUGUACACUCUUCAUCUAGGUAGGAAGAAACAAUGAUCAGGAACUUCACCGUGAAAUGAAAAGGGGUAAACAAACAACCGGUGAAUGCUAUGCUGCUGGGUUUAAACGACAAUAGUCUUCGUCUAAUUCAACUUCUAUGUUUGAGAAUUUGUCGUUGGAUUAAUUUGAACGAAUGUAUGUUCUACUUGAUUUGGAAAAACAAAGCAACAUUCCAAACAUCAUGAUACAAAUGAGACAAGAUUCAUCUUUUU